AUGGUUGCUACCGUCAAGGACAGGCUGUCUCGCGCCGUCGGUUUCGACAAAAGCCACGACGACGACGAUGACGACGACAUCCCGUCCAUCUCCAACACAGAUCUCUUCAUCGAGCACGAACCGACGGUCCGGGAGUUUCUUGCCGAGCUGACGCCCUCGGCCCGGGACGUCGGUCGCUAUGUCUACAACCUGUUUCCCUUUAUCCACUGGAUAGGCAAGUACAAUUUGACCUGGUUCGUCGGUGAUCUCAUCGCCGGCGUCACCGUCGGCGCCGUCGUCGUCCCCCAGGGAAUGGCCUACGCCCAGCUGGCCUCCCUGGACGUCGAGUACGGCCUGUACUCGUCCUUCAUGGGCGUCCUGAUCUACUGGUUCUUCGCCACCUCCAAGGACAUCACCAUCGGCCCCGUCGCCGUCAUGUCUCAGGUCACCGGCAACGUCGUCCUCAAGGCCAAGGAGACUCUCCCCGGCGUCGAGCCCCACGUCAUCGCCUCGGCCCUCGCCCUCAUGGCCGGCGCCAUCAUCCUCUUCCUAGGCCUUGCCCGCCUCGGCUGGCUGGUCGAGUUUAUCCCCCUCCCCGCCAUCUGCGCCUUCAUGACGGGCUCCGCCGUCAACAUCGCCGCCGGUCAGGUGCCCAAGCUCAUGGGCAUCACCGGCAUCAACACGCGCGAUGCCACCUACCUGGUCAUCAUCAAUACCCUCAAGGGCCUGCCCAAAACGAGCCUCGACGCCGCCCUGGGCUUGACCGCCCUCGCCAUGCUCUACCUCAUCCGCGCCGCAUGCUCCCUCAUGGCGAAGAAGCACCCGCGCCGUGCCAAGGCGUACUUCUUCCUCUCCACUCUGCGCACCGUCUUUGUCAUCCUUCUCUACACGGCCAUCAGCGCCGCCAUGAACGUCGACCACAAGUCGAAGCCGAGGGUCAGCAUCAUCAAGGACGUGCCGAGAGGCUUUCAGCACGCCGGCGUUCCCACCAUCAACACGGAAAUCAUUGGCGCCUUCGCCUCGGAGCUUCCCGCCGCCGUCAUCGUCAUGCUCAUCGAGCACAUCUCCAUCUCCAAGUCCUUUGGCCGAAUCAACAACUACGUCAUCGACCCGUCGCAGGAGCUCGUCGCCAUCGGCAUCACCAACGUCUUCGGGCCCUUCUUCGGCGCCUACCCGGCCACCGGCUCCUUCUCCCGCACCGCCAUCAAGUCCAAGGCCGGCGUGCGCACUCCCUUUGCCGGCGUCAUCACCGCCGUCGUCGUCCUGCUCGCCCUCUACGCCCUGACGGCCGUCUUCUAUUACAUCCCGAACGCGGCCCUCGCGGCCGUCAUCAUCCACGCCGUCGGCGACGUCAUCACGCCUCCCAAGGUCAUCGUUCAGUUCUGGCGCGUCUCGCCCCUCGAGGUGCCCAUCUUCAUGGCCGGCGUCCUCGUCACCAUCUUCACCACCAUCGAGAUUGGCAUCUACACCACCAUCGGCAUCUCCUUUGCCGUCCUCGUCUGGAGGCUCUUCCUCAGCCGAGGUCGCCUCCUGGGCCAGGCGCGCAUCCGCACCAUCAAGGCGACGACGGCCAACGAGUGGUCCCGGGAACGGCAGGAGGAGGCGGUGACGGAGGAGCAGGGUCUCUCGCUCCGCACCGGAUUCCUUGCUCUCGACCACGAGGACGGAUCGAACCCUCGGGUCGUCGUCCAGCGGCCCCACCCGGGCGUCUUCAUCUACCGCUUCGCCGAGGGUUUCAACUACCCCAACUCGAGCCGCUACCUGAAUCACCUGACGGACACCAUCUUCCGCGAGACGAAGCGGACGGACCCCAGCAGCCUGGGAAAGCUGGGUGAUCGACCGUGGAACGAUGCAGGCCCGCGAACGCUGAAGCUGGAUGACAUCGACCCACGGCCGACGUUGAAGGCCGUCAUCCUCGACUUCUCUUCCGUCAACAACAUUGACGUGACGGCGACGCAGGCUCUCAUUGACGUUCGGAACCAGCUGGACCGCUACGCGAGUCCCGAGACGGUCGACUGGCACUUUGCGAACAUCGAGAACCGAUGGACGAAACGAGCGCUGGCCGCCGCCGGCUUCGGUUACCGGACCCCGAAACCCUCCCCGGGCGCGCGAACGGGACGCUGGAAGCGCAUAUUCAGCAUCGCCGACCUCGGCGGCUCCGACAGCGCCGCCAACGCGGCCGCCAACGAGGAGAAGACGGCUGACGCGGCGCCGGUUCCAUACGACGUCGAGCCGGGCCCGCCAUCGGAAGGCUCGCAGCUGUCGGACAAGGACGUGCCCCAAAAUCCCGGCAGCGCGAGGCUGGUUGCCGUCCAAGGCUUGAACCGACCCUUCUUUCACUUUGACCUUCAGGAGGCCGUCGAGGCCGCGCUCUUGCACCUGGGCGAGCGCGAGGACUGA